AUGUACGGCCUCAAAGGCGGCACCGUCGCCAUCCCCUCGUGGAUUCUCAUUUUCCGCUGGGGGCAGCUGUUCUUCGCCAUCUUGGCUCUAGCCAUGUGCGCGUACUCGCUGUCUGUCUACGGUGGAGGACCUCUCCAACCCCCUCUAAUCUCCACAAUCAUCAUCUCAGGCCUAACCCUCGUCCCCAUCCUGCUCUUCACCACUCCUCUGCACCUUGCCCAACGCAAAAUGUACGAUCCGCGCAUCGCUCUGCUGAUGGAUGGCUUCGCGGCGUUGUACUGGCUCGCAACGUUUGCGGCGCUGGCAUCUUACCAGCACAUCUUCCGAGACUGGGGACGUAGGUUCGAUAGGUUUGUUUUCGCCGAGGCAGAGGUUUGCUGGGAAUGCAGGAGGGCGUGGAGGACGGGACUUGCGGCUACGGUGUUUUCCGCCGUGAACUUCGUUCUAUUCACCCUCACAACCCUCGCCUUCCUCUACUACUACCAUUUCCACAACGCCGGCGUCCCCGCCCCUGGUAUCCGUCACAGUGACCGCGGCGCAGCCGCCGAAGCAGCAAUGUCGGACAAAUACUCUGGAACCUCUCCCACAACGACAACCACCACGACCGCUGGAGCCGCAGGGUUUGCUCACCUUCAAUCUCAUCACCCGGGACAGAAUAUCGACAAUCGGUACGACCAGUACGCUGGCCCGGGAGCAGGGCCGUAUGAGCAAUCUGGCGGAUAUGGUGCCGGGAGUUACAGAAAUGAGGGAUUGGGCGUGGGGGAAGUACCGCAGCGUCAUGUUCAACCGCCGCUGUCACCAAAUAAGCGUGAGGAGGGGGAGAUGGAAGAUGUACCGACUCCGGCUGUGGGAGCUGGAGGUGAUAGGUGCGGUGGUUAG